UGUUCUGCCUGUUCUGACAACAAUCUGAAUAACAGUGCAGUGGUGUCCAGGGUCGCUGGUUGUAUAGACAUUUGCGUUUGGUGGAUCGUUGCAAUGUAUCGACUGCGGCAAAUUUCAAUGAGAACGGCAGAUUUGAAUCCCUCCUGCUCAUUGUCAGCGUUGUUGAAACGAGCUGCCGCUACUGGUCCAAACUCUUCAAGUAAACAUGCGGAUGGCAGCAGCUUCGUUAUACAAGCUGUUGGCGAGAAGGACAUGGUUGGCCCCCCAGACAAAGUCUCAAACAUUCGGCCCAUCAGGUUUCACAUACCAGCAAACGAGUCGCCAGUGGAAAAGGAAUACAGGCUGACGAGACAGCAAGUUUUGCAGUGGAAUCAAGAUUUCUGGAGUAACCACAACACAAAGUUUAUAAAAGAGAGAAAUGAUUUUAUUGAAAAUGAGCAAAGGAAAAAGGGCAAUAAUGAUCCUCUGAGUGCAGAUGAGAUGUCUGUAUUUUACAAGCGAUUCCUCGACAACAACUGGCAAGUGCACGUCAAAUACAACGCAGAAUGGUACAAGAAAAAUAUCGGUCUGAUGCUGCAGUCUUUUAAAAUACUCGUUUUGAAAUCAUUUGGCAGGCUCAAUCGGUCAUCGUAGCAAUAAAAUGUUUAUUUUUCUAGUUAUAAAGCUUAAAAA